AUGUGUGUUCUGGAAAACCUCAACAACAACACAGAGUGGUGCAGCAUCCCCAACGAUGUACCAAACAUCACAGAAGAGUCGGAAGACAGCUACUGGCCCAAUCUAGAAGCCAGCAUCGAUAACAACGAGAUCGAGUUCAAGGAUCUCUCAAUCGAGUGUGUGGUCUGCCGCUCCAACGUAACCAUCUUCCCAAAAGAUCACGUCGUUGAUGAGGAAGUUGGCGAGAGUCACAGGGCUAUUAUCCUCCCCUGUGGACACAUCUUUGGUGCCUCGUGCGUCAAGAGAUUCUUCGAUUUGAAGACAGAGGAGGGAGCUCGUGCCUCCUGUAUCAAGUGUCGAGCCGCCUGCUACCAUUCCCACCCAGACUGUGGACACCCCUUCUAUGGGGAACCCAUGCCCUCGCAUAAGCCAGGCAUGGCCUUCACGCCUCAUGUCUUGGGCAAAGGCGGCAAGAUAGAUGACUGCUGCAAGAUGUGCACCUAUAAAAAAGCCAUCUACGAUAUUACAGCAGAAAUUCAGCGAGCACCAGACCUCCCUGAGGACAUGAAGAAGUCCCUUGGUGUUGUUCUGACGGUUGAUGGCAAGUCUUAUACCACUCGUCGAGUUGUGAUGAGCCGCCUGCAAGAGGUGUACUUUCCCACUUCUGUUGCGGACCUCUUCGUUGAAUACAAGAAUCGACUGGAGGAGAAGGAAGGCGGGCAGGACUACUGGAUCAGUGGCUAUCUCAGCCAGUGCAAGGUCAAAUUAUAUGUACUUGCACCACAGAACUAG